CACACUCUCACACACACACUCGUGUCUCCAUCAGCGCUGCGGUAGAGGCGCGUUCACUGCAGCUCUGUGGAGCACGCUAGAGAGAGGGACGCGCUGCUGCGGCUCGGUGGUUCAUGAUCAAGACAGUAUCCGAGGGGCAGAGACUACAAAAGUGUCCAUGUUCAGGAGGAGCGGCGUCAUCAUGGCCUCGAUCUCGGAGUGGUACGUGGGGAAGAACGUGCUGAUCACCGGAGCCACGGGCUUCAUGGGGAGGGUGCUGGUGGAGAAGCUGCUGCGCUCCUGUCCCGACGUCAAUGCCCUCUACAUCCUCGUCCGGACCAAGGCGGGUCAGUCCAUGUCCGAGCGCGUCCAGGACAUGAUGAAGUGUAAGCUGUUCGACCGCGUGCGUGAAGAUAAUCCUGACUUUCAUCAAAAGAUCAUCCCCAUCAGCAGCGAGCUCACGCAGCCCGGCCUGGCCAUCAGUCCAGAGGAUGUGCAAACACUCACUUCCUGUAUCAACAUCGUCUUCCACUGCGCCGCCACCAUCCGCUUCGACGAGCCCCUGAAGCAUGCGCUGCAGCUGAACGUCAUCGCCACGCUGCAGCUCCUCUCUCUGGCGCAGCAGAUGCAGCACCUGCAGGCCUUCAUCCACAUCUCCACCGCCUACGCCAACUGCAACCGCAGACACAUCGACGAGGUCAUCUACCCUCUUCCGGUCGAGCCCAAGAAACUCAUCGACUCUCUGGAGUGGAUGGAUGACAGUAUCGUCCGUGACAUCACGCCGCGUCUGAUCGGUGACCGGCCGAACACUUACACCUACACUAAAGCGCUGGCCGAGUGUGUGGUGCAGCAGGAGAGCGGCAAACUCAACAUCGGCAUCAUACGGCCGUCCAUCGUGGGAGCCAGCUGGCAGGAGCCGUUCCCCGGUUGGAUAGACAACUUUAAUGGACCAAGUGGUGUUUUCAUUGCUGCUGGGAAGGGCAUCCUGCGCACCAUGAGAGCCAGUAAUGACGCGGUGGCCGAUCUGAUUCCUGUAGACGUGGUUAUAAACCUGACGCUGGCUGCCGGCUGGUACACCGCAGUGCACAGACCGAAAACUGCACUCGUGUACAACUGCACAACCGGAGGCAUUAACCCUUUCCACUGGGGAGAGAUCGAGCAUCACGUGAUGUCCACGUUUAAGAGGAAUCCUCUAGAACAGGCUUUCCGUCGGCCAAACGCCAACAUCACCUCCAAUUACCUGAUCUACCAGUACUGGAUCCUCGUCAGUCACAAGUUCCCCGCGCUCAUCUAUGACCUGUUCCUCCGACUGUCCGGACAGAAACCACAGAUGAUGCGUUUUACUAUACACACACACACACACACACACCGCCGAACCAAUCACACGAGCAUACUGACUGUCUGUGGACGAAACUGUGCUGAACUCAUCCUCGUGAUCUUUCAGACCUUCAACUUCGACGUUCGCCAGCUGAACUGGCCCGAGUACAUCGAGAAUUAUUGUAUCGGCACCAAGAAGUACGUUCUGAACGAGGACAUGUCCGACAUUCCCGCCGCCAGACAGCACCUGAGGAAGCUGAGAAACAUCCGAUACACGUUCAACACGGUGCUGCUGGUCUUCAUCUGGCGCGUCUUCAUCGCUCGCUCUCAGAUGGCCAGGAACAUCUGGUACUUCGUCGUGAGCUUGUGCUUCAAGUUCCUGUCCUACUUCAGGGCUUCCAGCACUCUGACCUAAUGACCGGAGCAACAGGAAGUGUGUGUCCCCCCGUCCUCCGAGCACUUCCUCUUCCAGAGGUGUCUUCAGCCAUCCACACACACACACACACAGGUGUUUCUUUAGCUUUCCUCACCGGCCUCUCGCUCCACCCGACUCCUCCAUGUGCUGUUUUUAAAGGUGUCCUCUUUUAUAACGACUGUCCUUAAUAACGAUUAUAUAUGCAACCGCAUUUUACAGUGUUUCUCCUUUACAUUCUCAUCGCCAUCCAACAUCUGGAGACGUUGCCUUUGUGUCUUCUGAUGAUUUUAGCCUUCUCGACUACAGACCACUGGAUCUACAGACCACUGGUUUCGGACCACUGGAUCUACCGCUCAAAGCUUUGCUGUUUGCAGCCAUUUCUCUCUCUCUAUGAGUGUGUUUGUGUCUUUUGACGGUUCGUUUGUGUCCUGUCUGUUCUAAUACCAUGUAAUCCAGCCGGAAAACUCUCGUACCGUGUGGUACUAAAGCCUACAAGAACAUAGUCUAGCGUUUUCACUGCGGUUUUGGUUGGUGUUUUGUCUUUUUUCUUGUUUUUUUCAUUUGCCGCGUUCGGAGGGAAAGGCCAGUGAACUGCAACAGAUCUGAUGCAUUUAUAACAUCACACAUUCGCUUGCUCAACUAUACAUCCACCAGUUUAAACAUGAACACCCAAAAUCAAAAGAAAAAAAAGUCUAUUCAUGAAAAAACUGCAGCCUAUUUUUAAGGAACGUAAAAUAAUUCCUUAAAGUGUUUAGUUUAACCUUUUCAUGACAAUUAAGCACAUUUACCCCCAAAUUUAAUGCAUUUUUAAUGGAUCUUGAAUUAUGCUUAAUGGCAAUACUCAUUACUGUAAUACAGUA